AUUGGCUGUGCAAACCGGGAAUAUUUUGAAAGUGGUCCUAGGUGUUUGGGUAAUUGCUGUUUAGUUUGUGUGGAGUUCUUAGAUUGCAGAGUCCUCCGCUUUUAUAUCGUAUGCAUACAUAAGUGGGCUGUUGCUUUAAAUCGUCAAUGGAGCAAGAUUCUAGGAAGAUGGCGUCUUUUGAAAGCGGGAAACCCGCGGAUGAGCUGUCGAACGUGUUUGUGGUUGAGGGAGAGUCGUUCGUUAACGUAGAGCUAAACAUGGAAAACGACCCCAUUAAUAUCAGCAACAGUAGCGACGAUGUCUCUCCUAACGUGCAGCAGGUGCUCGCUAUAACUCAAGCCCCAACUCCAUUCCAGAAUUCUGAAGAUAAUGAUGCGGGGGAUGAAGAUGAGAGUGAUGAUGAUGACAGUGGUACAGACCACUUUCACAGCGAAAAGUUGGGCACUCGUCUCCAGAGAUUUGAGCGGAAUGCAGAAGUAACUUCAAGUCUUCCUGACACCUUUAAGACCAACCACCUGCUCUUCUAUGAACGGUUCAAGGCAUACCAGGACUACAUGCUCGGAGACUGUAAGCCGUCAGAGGUGAAGUCCUUUAUUGCAGACUACUUAGAGAAGGUGGUGGAGCCGUGCGAUUGGCUGGCUCUGUGGUCUACUCGUUGCUUCGAUGUUCUGGUGGAGGUAAAGGACGUGGACUAUAAAGGUCUGAAGGCAUGUGUGAGUCUGGUACUGCCUCUGCAGAUUGACACCAGAGGCUGUGAACUCAAUGAAGAGGCAAUGAAGUGUCUGCUUGAGGCCACGCAGCACAAAGUUCUGUUGGAGGAGCUGCAGGUAGUUUAUGAGGAGUCAGGGGAUUUUGAUCAGACUGCCCUUGCUCUGGAGCAUCUCAGGUUUUUUUAUAAGCACAUCUGGAGGGAGUGGGAUGAGGAGGAUGAAGAUGAUGACUUUGAUUACUUUGUUCGUUGUGUGGAACCUCGUCUCAGACUCUACUAUGACAUGUUGGAGGACAGAGUCUCUGCAGGUCUUGUAGUAGAGUACCAGACCUUACUGCAGAACUGCUCCCAGUGCUUUCAGGAGUUCUCUGUGCUGCGCAAUGGCCUCAGCAGUGACUCAGACUCUGAGGUGGAUAAUGUGUCCAUGGUGGAGGGCCUGAAGCUUCAUGACCAGCUGGAGACUUUCAAACGCAAGCUGCACAUUAUUGAAAAUCCUUUGUUGAGGUAUGUGUUAGGCUACAAAGGUAACACUGGUCAACAGAGUGUGGAAAGCCGUGGACCCAGAGAAUCGGGUUUGAGAGUAGUCCACGUGGUCACAACAUCCUGCAGCAUCGUCCAGCUCCAGUCUCUCCUUGGUGUCAAACUGCUGCCUAUGUGCUCCUCGGGGGAAACUGAGAUCCAGUUCCACAGUGAGCCAGUUUCAGCAGUGGAAUCGUGCCAUGAAGGUGAUGUGGUAAUUGUCCUCCCAGGAUUAUACAGCGUUAGCAGCUCUAUCAUUAUACCAGACUCCAUCACUAUAGAAGGCUUUGGGUUUCCUGACGAUGUGGUGAUUGAGAAGAAAAACAAGGGGGACUCAUUUGUAGAGAGCACAGGAGCUGAUGUCAAACUAUCAAACAUAAAGUUUAUCCAACACGAUGCCAUCGAAGGCAUCCUAUGUGUUCGUCAGGGGACUCUGAACUUGGAGAACUGCGUACUGCAGUGCCAGACAACUGGAGUUAUUGUGCGAACAUCUGCAUGUCUUAACAUGAACAUGUGUGACCUGUAUGGAUCUAAGGGAGCUGGUGUGGAGAUCUACCCUGGGAGCGUUUGUCGUUUGGUUAGUAAUGGCAUCCAUCACUGUAAAGACGGGAUCCUCAUCAAGGACUUUGUUGAUGAGCUGAAUGUUGCGAUGCCAUCCAUCACCAUGGAGAACAAUGUAAUCCAUAACAAUGAAGGCUACGGUGUGAUUCUAGUUAAGCCCAACACGAGGAUUCCUCCAGAGUUUGAAGGUCAGACUGCUGAGGACAAGCAGCAGGAAGGACCCUCAGAUCCUCCCUCCACCCCAACGACAGUGUCUCAGCCAGGUUCCACUGAGGACAGCAGCAGCACAGAUGAUGUGGUUCCCACCUCAGGCAGGAAGUGGCAGUUCAGCCGUCAGCUCAGCAGAAACAAGGAGGCGUCUUGCAGCAGCCGACCUGUUCAGGACCUGUUGGAUCACCAAGUUUUCGUCUCAAUUCAAGGAAAUCAGUUCAGGCGCAAUGGCAUUGGAGACUUUGGAACCUUUUUGUACUGAUCUUCUACUUGUUCUGGACUAAUGCAUCUUGUGACGGAUGCGUCGUCCAUCCAGUAUUUCUGAGCUGUGAAUAUUUUAGCUGAUUACCUUGUUAGUCAUGAAAUGCAUAUUGUUGCCUCACAUCUCUCCAUGCUGUGUUUGGCUGUGAUCAGUUCUAACACCUGUGUAUGCGUUUCCUAUGGCACUUUGACACACUUUUGCUUUUAUCAUAUUUAUUCCUCUGGGCUUAAUGACAUGUUUUUAGCUUUUUUUUUUAUGAAUUAGUUUGAAAUUCACUUGUCACUUUGAAUUUAAUUUACUUGGUUUUGGCAUCAGAUUUAAUAAAUGUUAUAUUGAAAGGUGAUGGUUUGUUAAAAAGCAGGGCACUGUUGAUGUUAACACACAUCCACAUUUGUUCAUCUUUACUUGGUUUCUGUACACGAUACUUUGGGUGUUUUUAAGCUUUUAUGUAUUUUAUGGUUGAGGUUGACAGCUCAGCUAGUAAAAGCCCAGUGAAAACAUUUUGUCUGACUGAGUUAGUAAUUUAAAAAGCUUCUCAUGAAAAGUAUGAACAUAAUGGUUUGGUUCCAGGUAUUUCUGACCACAGUGAGAUGCAGUUAACAAAGA